GUACUUGGCUUUGGUUGGAGGGGCUUGGGAUGCGAGUUAAGCCCUCCCUCUCUCGAAUUUCUCCUCCUAAACUUGUUACUCACAUCCCAAACUUUAAAAGUGUUUCCUGGGCUCAGUUGUUUCAUAGCGAGGAAGCGCCCGACCUGGGAAGAAGGAGGAUAUUGUCCUGCGGAAAUUGAGGAAGAAUUUUGCCAGAUUUCCCGAACGACUCGACCCGUGACCUGUUAAAGGCAGCAGCCACACUGUGCCUUCUCUCUUCGGUUCUUAUUUUCUGCCAAACUUCUUUGCUCUCCAACGAUUUCAUUCGGAAGCGCCCGCUCCAUGAAUCCACCUGUCGCCAGGAGCUGUGAGAGGAAUCCUCACGCUCCCUCCAUACUAUGGGAAUGCCUGAGCCGCCCCCUCGUCGAGAACCGAGGAUCCGCCGGGCCGCCCAACAAUCCUCCAGCCCCUGUUCUGCUCCCCCCGAAACCAGGCUUGGGGGGUUACGUGGAUUUCUCGGGCCCCUGCCAGGCGACGGCUCCACAGAGCCUUCCUUGCGCUGAACUCGCUUUCGAAGCACCUGGCAUUUCCUUCCAGCCGCCCGCUUGGCAUGUGGCGGCUUCUGAGAGGAAGCUCAUGCUGCCGGCGGAGUUGGCUUCGGGAUCCCGGAGCCUAGAAGAGGACAGCUCCACCUUGGGGGAGACCAGCAAAAAUAACCUCAUUGCAGGGAAUGUGGCAAGCGAUGCUGAGAAUAAAGCAGUCCAAUGGAGAAUGGAAAAAGCAGAUGUGCUGGCUACUCCGUGGUGUGAUGGUAUUCAGAGCACAAAGAGCCAGGGUGGAGUCCGUGGCAACCUUACAACCAAUUCCAAGAAAGAAACUAACAGCUCCAGAGCACGUAAGGAGCGCACUGCAUUUACUAAGGACCAGCUGCGGGAGCUUGAGAUGGAAUUUACUCACCACAAUUAUCUGACGAGGCUCCGAAGAUAUGAGAUUGCUGUGAACCUUGAUUUGACAGAAAGACAGGUCAAAGUAUGGUUUCAGAACCGCAGGAUGAAAUGGAAACGUGUGAAAGGACAGCCAGUGUCACCCCAGGACCACACCGAAGAGAUGGACCCUGCUCUCUCUUUAAGUCCAGAGUAGCCUGUUCUCUAAUAAACUGAUCUCUAUCAACCUUUGAUUUUAAAGGAUGGCCUUGAAGAUCUGGUACCAAGACAGCAAUCAGCUAAAUGUGGCUUGAGUCCAGACCAAGAAAGUGCUUUACGGAAAUGCUUCAAACAACCCCAUCCCCUAUUCACAUGAAGAUAAAAGGAGGAAAAGGGGAAGCACAUUGACACUUGCAAGCUUGAUAUCAGCCUCAUAGCAUAGAACAGGUUAAGAAGUAGAAACCACAUAGACCUAUUUUUAUUAGAACAGCUAUAAUAACACUCUUGCAACUCAUUAUGAAUUAAUCAACUAACCUAUAUUAUAAUACCUAAAGUAGCCACAGGGCAAGAUAGGUGGCAAAUAAAUUUAAUAAUAAUA